AUGGCUGAAGUCCAAGAGCAUCUAAAGGCGCUUAGCCGAGACUAUGUGUGCGAACCGUUCCUAGAGUAUCGAACCGUGUCUGGUGUCGCUGGUCCCUUGGUCAUUUUGGAAAAAGUGAAGGGUCCCAAGUUCCAGGAGAUCGUCAACUUGAGGCUCGCGGAUGGAGAGAUUAGACGAGGUCAAGUUCUUGAGAUCGAUGGAGACAAAGCCGUUGUUCAGGUCUUCGAGGGGACCUCUGGCAUUGAUAACAAGCAUACUACAGUCGAGUUCACUGGCGAGGUGUUGAAAACGCCCGUGUCCAUCGACAUGCUUGGUCGCAUUUUCAACGGAUCUGGCAAACCCAUUGAUGAUGGGCCUCCCAUUCUUGCCGAAGCAUAUCUCGACAUUGCCGGCAGUUCCAUCAACCCCAGUGAGCGAACAUAUCCCGAAGAAAUGAUCCAGACGGGUAUUUCGACCAUCGACGUCAUGAACUCGAUCGCUCGCGGACAAAAGAUUCCCCUCUUUUCCGCCGCUGGUCUUCCACACAAUGAAAUUGCCGCACAGAUUUGUCGGCAAGCAGGCCUUGUGAAGCCGUUGGAGAAGAAGGAUGAUCUGCUGAAGGACGAUGAGGAAGAUAACUUCGCCAUUGUGUUCGCCGCUAUGGGAGUUAACAUGGAGACUGCUGCGUUCUUCAAGCGAGACUUCGAAGAGAAUGGCUCCAUGGAGCGUGUGACGCUUUUCCUCAACCUGGCCAACGACCCUACCAUUGAGCGCAUUAUUACUCCUCGUAUUGCGCUUACAACCGCUGAGUACCUUGCCUACGAGUGUGGGAAGCACGUGCUUGUGAUCUUGACGGACAUGAGUUCAUACGCUGAUGCGCUUCGUGAGGUUUCUGCUGCGCGUGAGGAAGUGCCUGGGCGUCGUGGUUACCCUGGUUACAUGUACACUGAUCUUGCGACCAUUUAUGAGCGUGCUGGGCGUAUUGAGGGUCGCAAGGGCUCCAUCACCCAGAUUCCUAUUCUGACCAUGCCUAAUGACGAUAUCACUCACCCUAUCCCCGAUCUUACUGGUUACAUUACGGAGGGACAAAUCUACAUUGACAGACAGCUGCACAACAGACAGAUUUAUCCUCCGAUCAACGUGUUGCCGUCUCUGUCUCGUCUUAUGAAGAGUGCUAUUGGAGAAGGGAUGACCCGCAAGGAUCAUGGUGAUGUCUCCAAUCAGCUCUAUGCCAACUACGCCAUUGGUCGUGAUGUGCAAGCCAUGAAGGCUGUUGUUGGAGAAGAAGCUUUGUCAUCUGAAGAUCUGCUUUACUUGGAGUUCCUGGACAAGUUCGAGCACAGAUUCGUCACCCAGGGAGCCUACGAUGCUCGGGACAUCUACCAGUCUCUGGAUCUCGCAUGGACCCUUCUGCGCAUCUUCCCCCGCGAGAUGCUUCGUCGUGUAUCACCCAAGAUCCUGGAUGCCUUCUACAGCCUCGAGUACUCGCCGUUUUUCGGGAUCGAGAAGGGCUCCGUUCUACAGGAAGCUCGUGUAUUCAAUGACCCGCAGCUGGAUCCCCGGAGAUGCGCACAGGUUAUCACCAAGCUGCUCUAUUUGCUCAAUCAAGGCGAAACUUUCACAAAGACGGAAGCGACGGAGGUCUUCUUUUCCGUCACCAAGCUCUUUCAAUCAAACGACAUUGGCCUUCGGCGAUUUCUCUACCUCAUGAUCAAAGAGAUCUCCCCAUCAUCCGACGAGGUCAUCAUCGUGACAAGCUCCCUGAUGAAGGACAUGAACAGCAAGACGGACCUGUACAGAGCAAAUGCCAUCCGUGUGCUCUGUCGCAUCACAGACGGAGGCCUGCUGGGCCAGAUUGAGCGUUAUCUGAAGCAAGCGGUUGUGGAUAAGAACCCUGUCGUUGCCAGUGCUGCUCUGGUCAGCGGCUUCCACCUUCUCAAGACGAAUCCGGACAUUGUGCGGAGAUGGAGCAAUGAGAUUCAAGAGGCGGUGCAUUCCAAGUCGCCGCUCGUGCAGUUCCAUGCCCUCGCUCUCCUUCACCAGAUACGGCAGAGCGACCGUCUGGCCAUCAGCAAGCUGGUAACCAGCCUCGUGCGAGGUGCUGUGCGCUCGCCGCUUGCACAGUGCCUGCUUGUGCGCUACACCUCCCAGGUGAUCGAGGAGAUGGGUCCCAACAACAACAACGCGCGCCCCUUCUUUGAGUUCCUGGAGAGCUGUCUGCGGCAGCGGGCGGACAUGGUGAUGCUUGAGGCAGCGCGCGCCAUGACGGAGCUCACCGACAUCACCGGCCGCGAGCUCACCCCCGCCAUCACAGUGCUCCAGAUGUUCCUCUCCUCGCCCAAGCCCGUGCUGCGCUUUGCCGCCAUCCGCACGCUCAACAAGGUCGCCAUGGCGCACCCGCAGGCGGUUACCAACUGCAACAUUGACAUGGAGACGCUGAUUUCAGACCCGAACCGGAGCAUUGCGACGCUCGCGAUCACGACGCUGCUCAAGACGGGGAAUGAGGCGAGCGUGGACCGGCUGAUGAAGCAGAUCACCAACUUCAUGUCGGAUAUUGCUGAUGAGUUCAAGAUCGUGGUCGUGGAGGCCAUUCGCUCUCUCUGCCUCAAAUACCCCCAGAAAUACCGUGUCCUCAUGAACUUCCUGAGUGGUAUCUUGCGUGAGGAGGGUGGGUUCGAGUACAAGAAGGCAAUCGUGGACUCAAUCCUCAUUCUCAUCCGGGAGAUCCCUGACGCCAAGGAGAUUGGCCUCUCACACCUCUGCGAGUUCAUUGAGGACUGCGAGUUCACCUACCUCUCCUCGCAGAUUCUGCACCUGCUGGGCAACGAGGGUCCCAAGACGCCAGAGCCGGCGCGGUACAUCCGCUUCAUCUACAACCGCGUCAUCCUCGAGAACGCCACUGUCAGGGCCAGCGCCGUCAGCACCCUUGCCAAGUUCGGCGCGCAAGUGGAAGCCCUUCGGCCUCGGAUUGUCACUCUCCUGCGCCGCUGUCUGUAUGACAACGAUGAUGAGGUGCGGGAUCGAGCAACGCUGUACCUGAACGUGCUGGGGGGCGACGGGCAGGAGUCGGUGGCAGCCAGUGGCGCCAGCGACUUCAUGCUGGAGGCCCUCGAUGUGCCGCUUGUCAACCUCGAGACUGCGCUCAAGCACUAUGAGCCGAGCGAGGCAGCGUUUGACAUCGACAGCGUGCCUAAGGAGGUGAAGGGGCUGCCUCCCGCCAAGGCGGGCGCCAAGAAGGCCGCCAAGGAGGCAGCAGCCGCCAAGGCGGCUGGGGGUGGUGCGUCGGCGUCAGAGGCGUAUGAGAAGCUCCUCAACUCCAUCCCCGAGUUUGCCACCUUUGGCAAGCUGUUCAAGUCAUCAGCGCCAGUGGAGCUGACGGAGGCGGAGACGGAGUACAGUGUGAACGUGGUGAAGCACGUGUUCCCCGCACACAUGGUCUUCCAGUUCAACUGCACCAACACCAUCGCCGAACAGAUGCUGCAGGAUGUCACCGUGCUCAUGGACCUGGCAGAGGCAGAGGAGUUUGAGGAGGUGGCGACCAUUCCGCUCAAGAGCAUGGCAUAUGGCGUGACUGGGCAGACGUUUGUGGCACUGUCGAAGCCAGAGGGCGCGCUGACGCUGGGCAAGAUCACGAACAUCAUGAAGUUCAAGGUGGUCGAGGUGGACCCCAACACGGGCGAUGCCGAGGAGGAGGGUUACGAGGACGAGUACCAGCUGGAAGACCUCGAGGUGUCAUCAGCCGACUAUGUGCGGAAGCUGAGUGUGCCCAACUUCAGAGCAGCAUGGGAGGCCAUCGACCCAUCUCUGGAGCGUGUGGAUGAGUACGGGUUGGGCGUGCGAGACAGCCUGCAGGAGGCAGUAGAGGCAGUCAUCACCAUUCUGGGCAUGCAGCCGUGCGAAAGUAGUGAGAACGUGCCCUCCAACGCGCGCUCGCACCAGUGCCUGCUCGCCGGGACGUUCCCGGGGGAUGUGUCGGCGCUGGUGCGGCUGUCAUUUGGCAUGGAUGCGCAGAAGCAGGUGGCCAUGAAGCUGGCUGCGCGGUCAGAGGAUGUCACGAUCAGCGACCUGGUGCAUGAGAUCAUUGCCAACGCGUAG